GGGUUCGAAGGAACCCAGCACCAACGCCUGGGUUCCUCGAACCCAGGCGCGGGUCGAGGCACCAGGCGUGCUGGGUUCGAUGGAACCCAGGCGCUGGUUCCAACGAACCCAAGACGCCUGGGUUCGUUCAAACCCAGCAUGCCUGGGUUCGAACGUUCCUCGAACCCGCCUAGAUCUAGUUACUGUUGAUGUUGAUUGAAGGAAUGUGGUGUUUUUUCCAUUUUUCUUUGCAGAUCUAGUAUACAUUUGUAGAGGAAUUGAUUUUUUGAAUCAGAUUUAUUGAGUUCUAUUAGGGAGGAGGUUUGGGGAAGAAGUAGAUGGUGAUUGGAGUGGUAAUAGAUGAUCGGAGCAAUGAGGGAUGACCGGAGUAACGAGGGAUGACCGGAGUAACGAGGGAUGAUCGGAGUAAUGAGAGAUGACGUGAACUAGUUAUUUUUCACGUAAUUAAAGAUUUCAAACAAGAAUUGAUUUUGUGGCAACUUAACGUGCCAUCUGUCAUUUCCGUCGACGGAAGGACGAAAUUGGUUCCAAAAAUUGAAGUUCAAGGAUUUUUUUAGUACUUUUUGAAGUUCGAGGGUAGUUUUAGUUCAAAAAUGAAAGUUGAGGGACUGA